AAAACAACUCGUCUUCCGGGCUGUUGGUUGCGAAGAGGAAACUCCUGCAUUGCCACAGAAUGGCUUAUUGAGGAGCCAGUUGCUCCAAGGGAAGUAGGGGAAAGAAACGAGUUCGUUCCUUAUUCCACAGCGUUUCACUUUCAUAAGUGUAACCUUCUACCUCGUCAUAACCGAAGGGCGCGUUAUGGAAAGGGAGCGGGCAUUACACUCCCUCUUCUUCUCAGGAGAAUAGGUCACAUGAGGGAGCCAGUCCCAGCGCUGAAGCGAAGCUCACGCGAACAUGGAAAGUGCGCAGGGGGCUCGCGGGGUCGCUCUCAGCUUGUGGGGGCUGCUGCUGUGUAACGUGCUGCAGGACCUCGUUAGCGCAGCCCCGGCCCAAGCAAGUCCCGAGAUGCCCUUCAGCGUCGGUCAGUUCUGGCACAUCACAGAUUUGCAUUUGGAUCCCAGCUACCAUGUUACAAUAAAUCGUACUCAGGUCUGUGCCUCUUCCAAAGGUGUGAAUGCCUCAAGUCCUGGCAUGUUUGGAGAUUUUAUGUGUGAUUCCCCAUAUAAACUUAUCUUGUCAGCCUUGAAGUACAUGAAGGAUUCUGGUCAACAGGCAUCCUUUAUGAUAUGGACAGGAGACAGCCCCCCUCAUGUUCCAGCUAAAGAGAUCUCCACAAAAGUGGUCAUUGAUAUUAUUGGUAACAUGACUUCUACCAUAAGAAGUUUCUUUCCAGAUCUCCAAGUUUUCCCUGCAUUGGGAAAUCAUGACUACUGGCCACAGGAUCAGCUGCCUGCAUCUGUCAGUGAAGUCUAUAGUGCUGUAGCAGAUUUCUGGAAGCCUUGGCUUACUGAUGAAGCAGUAAGCACCUUGAGGAAAGGUGGCUUUUAUACACAAAUAGUUCAGCCCAGCAUUACUUCACCACCACUCAGGAUAAUCAGUUUAAAUACCGUCUUGUACUAUAGUCCCAAUGAUGCAACUCGGAAUAUCACUGACCCAGCAAACCAACUAGAAUGGCUGGAAAACAUACUAGAUUUGGCACAACAGAACAAAGAAAAGGUAUAUGUGAUAGGACAUGUGCCGGUGGGCUAUCUGCCUUUUGUUCGAAAUACUACUGCUCUAAGGGAAUACUACAAUGAGAGAUUGAUAGAGAUUUUUCGCAGACACAGCAGUGUAAUUGCUGGACAGUUUUUUGGACACACUCAUAGAGACAGCAUCAUGAUUCUCCUGGAUAAAAAAGGGAAAGCAGUAAAUUCCUUGUUUGUAGCACCUGCUGUGACACCAGUGAAGUCUGUAUGGCAGGUGGAUUCCAACAAUCCUGGAGUGAGACUAUAUCAAUAUGAUGCUCUCUCAUACAGUGUCUUGGAUCUUUGGCAAUUUUAUUUGAACCUCACUGAAGCCAACUUGAAAAAUGAAUCAGAUUGGAAACUUGAAUAUAUUAUGACCAAAGCUUAUGGGAUAGAGGACUUAAAGCCAGAAAGUUUACAUGAAAUGGUAAUACAGCUCAGUGUACCACACAGCAAAUUGUUCCCCAAGUAUUAUAACAACUACUUUGUAAGUUAUGAUGGAAACAUGUUCUGUGAAGAUCACUGUAGGGUCAAUCAACUCUGUGCAAUUCAGUAUUUAGAUCUUACUUCUUAUACAGAUUGUAUUGGAAAGGAAGAUAAAUCACAAUAUGAGUAAAAGAUAAUGUUCAUUCUAACGAACUGUAUCCUCUAAAUGUAAAAUCCAAAGAAUGUUUUAUUCAUUCUUUAUGGUAUGGCAUAAUUACAGGCUUGAACAACAACCAAAUGACAUUUUUCUAGUAAGAAGCCGUCCCUUGUAUAUGAUAGUGUUGCUACAAGAUGUUUUUGCACUUUUUAUUUCUUAUAAGCACCUUUAAAAACUUUAAGUUUUUGGCACUGCAGUAAUUCAGGCAAUUGGAGAAAUGUCUCAGUAUGUUCAAAGCAAAGGUGCUUCUGAAAGGACUUUGAGAAAACGUUCCAUUCAAAUAAGUAUGCAAACUCUGAACCUUUAGAGAACCUAGGCUCCAGUAGCAGCUCAGUUUGUCAGUUAAGAAAAACUUUGGCAAAAUGUGUCUACAACAAUAAACAUCUAUUUAUAUAAAACAGUGGCCUUAUUUCUCUGUCUGUACUUUAAGAACAUAUGAUUUUGUUCUAGGACACCUGAGAGUAUAUGAAGGUACAAAGUAAUCCCCCCCCCCGCCCAGAUCUGCCAACUUGCUUUUAGGGUCAAAUUGGCACAUUAUAUUUAAUUUUUUUUUCAAAGACUUAUAUCAAGAGAUUUUAAAAUACUUUCUUAAUUUUGGUUUUAUCUUAUUGAUUUAUUUCGUCCCUGUUGCUGAUAAUAUAAAAGCCCUAAGCGAGCUGUUAUUUUAUAAUGUUAUGUACUGUUUAUAUGAAACAUUUCCUGGGAUGUACUCCAGGAGUGAAUCACAUGGCAUCAUUCUGCAUUCAGUAGAAUACUUCCUUGUAGACAUAGAAUUGCAGGCAUAAUACAAAAGUACAAUGUCACCUACUAUCUCAGAGUGUCGCAUGGAUUACCUCACUUUUAUUGUUAAAAUAAACCUGAUUGUUCCAGAUA